AUGGUAGUCGUCGGCAUCCUCAGCGACGCGAUGAACAUCGUUCCGACCCCAGCCCGCCUCAACAUGCCGGAAUUUGCUCACAGACCGCUCCUAGGGUUUCCCCGUCGUCCCGCUCGCCACCAUGUCCGAAACCACCUCCAGCCCACAGCCGCUCGCGAAUUUGGGACUGACCCAGAGUGUCGGCUCCUUGCCAUGGUGGUCGCUCUGUUCAGAAAACUCGAACCGGCGGGACCAAUAGGCGAGGCCCGAACCCCCGGCCCACCUCCCAGGCCCAGAAAAUCCAAACUCAAGAUCCUGCUCAUUUCCACCGUCGCGUUCCUAAUGGCGGCGGCAGUCUCAACCGCGAUUGGGGCGGCUGUGCUCCGCGGAGGGCGGCGGCUUCACGGUGGCCGUCCCUCGCAAGCCAUGUCGCGGGCGUGCGGGCGGACACGGUUCCCGGCCCUGUGCGUGGAGUCGCUGCUCCAUUUUCCGGGAGCGUCGACCGCCUCCGAGGGAGAGCUUCUCCAUAUAUCCAUCAACAUGACGCUUCAGAAAUUGGGCCGCUCGCUGUAUUCGGCCACUGGGAGCAACAAUCUCGAUAUGGAUUCUCAUGCCAGAUUUAAGAUUUUUACUGCCAACCUCAGGUCGGCGUAUGAAGACUGCCUUGAGCUCUUGGACGACUCGGUGGACCUCCUGACCCGCUCCCUCAGCUCAGUCUCAACCGGAGGCGAACCGUCCGGUUCGACUCAGGACGUGCUGACUUGGCUCAGCGCCGCAUUGACCAACCAGGACACCUGCACCGACGGCCUCGACGAGAUCCAAAACGGCGUCGUCAAGUCCCAAAUGUCCGACUGGCUCAAGGAUCUCUCGGAGCUCGUCAGCAACUCCCUCUCCAUAUACUCUGCCGGAGAAGGUGGAGCGGCGGACGGUGAUUUCUCCGGCGUGCCGGUCCAGAACCGCCGGCUGAUGAGCGAGGAGAAGGCGGGGCUGGAUUUUCCUAUCUGGCUAUCCCGGCGAGAUCGGGUGCUCCUGGAUUUGCCGCCGGCGGCAAUUAGUGCGGAUAUAGUCGUAUCGAAGGACGGAGGAAAUGGCACGGUAAAGACGAUAUCGGAGGCAAUUAAAAAGGCGCCGAAGCACAGCGAGCGGAGAUUUGUCGUCCAUGUGAGGGCAGGAAGGUAA